AUGAGUACCAGCCACAACGCCGAAAUUCGUCACGAUUGGAGUCGCGAAGAGGUUCUCAACUUAUUUGAAUUGCCCUUUAACGACCUGAUGUUUCAGGCUCAGGUAGUGCACCGCAGCUAUUUUAAUGCCAAUGAAGUGCAAUUGAGUACCUUGCUCUCCAUAAAAACCGGUGCCUGUCCAGAAGACUGUAAAUAUUGCCCUCAAAGUGCGCGCUAUGACACUGGUUUAGAGCGAGAGAAACUAAUGGACGUAAAUCAGGUAAUCGAAGAAGCGAAAGCAGCCAAAGCUUCCGGUGCAUCCCGUUUCUGUAUGGGCGCUGCUUGGCGUUCUCCUCGGGCAAAAGAUUUGGUGGUGGUAAAAGAAAUGGUAAAAGGGGUUAAGGCGCUGGGAAUGGAAACCUGCAUGACAUUGGGAAUGCUCAGCAGUGAACAGGCUGGCGAUUUGGCCGAAGCCGGGCUGGACUAUUACAACCACAACCUCGAUACAUCACCGGAGUAUUACGGCGAUGUUAUUACCACACGCAGCUAUCAAGAUCGCUUGGAUACCUUGGGCAAUGUUCGUGAUGCGGGCAUGAAAGUAUGUGCUGGCGGCAUUGUUGGCAUGGGCGAAGGGCAGAAAGAUCGAGCUGGGCUGUUAAUGCAACUGGCUAAUUUGCCGCAACAUCCAGAAUCUGUGCCCAUCAAUAUGUUGGUGAAAGUGGCGGGAACGCCUAUGGAAGAACAGGCUGAUUUGGAUGAUUUUGAAUUUAUUCGCACCAUAGCCGUUGCCCGAAUUAUGAUGCCUAAAUCUCAUGUGCGUCUUUCUGCCGGACGGGAAAGUAUGAACGAGCAAAUGCAAUCUAUGGCAUUUAUGGCCGGAGCCAAUUCUAUUUUCUACUGCGAUAAAUUGUUGACCACCCCAAACCCCAAAGCCAAUAAAGACAUGCAGCUACUCCAUAAGCUGGGUAUCACCGCAGAAAAAUACCACAUACAGCAGAACAGUGAGGAAGAAGCCGCAGAAUUACACCAAGCUAUUACCAAUGCGGAGAAUGAUAAGUUUUUCUACGAUGCGGUUAAAUAA